GACAAAUCAUACCUUUGCUCUAACCUGUACCUGAUCCGAGUCCAGUUCCCCUGCUUCACCCCCUAUUCCAUGGCGACGCCGCCGCCGCUCCUCCGACUCCACCCUCACCGCAUCCUCCCUCGCCUCCGCCGCUUCACCUCUGGCCGCCUCCUUCUCCGCCUCCACCCCAAAUCCCUCUACGCCACUGCCUCCACCUCACAAGCCGCCCCAACCCCGCCUCCUCAACCUCCUCCCCACGGCCCCUCGCUCCGCCGCGGCCGCCCAACGACAGGCCAUCCUCCCGAAGCGCCCCUCUCCUUCUCGCGCACAUUCGACCUCGCGGCCCUCCGCGUUCCCGCCGCCGCCUGCGCGUCCCUCGAGCGCCGCCUUCGCGGACACUUGCUCAACUGGCCCCGGGUCCGCAACAUCGCCCGUCUCCCCAACGACGACGGCGACGGCCUCAUAUCUCUCCCCACGUCUCCCCGAUCCUCCUCCGCCCUCCCGCCGACGGCGGUGGCGCGCCGCGAGAAGCUGGCCCGCGAGUUCAAUGCCCGCGGCUUCGUGGAGUUCCCCAUCCUCGCCAAGAUGUCACGGCCCGCCGGGCGGACGCGAAGGGAGACAAAGGGGAGAGCAGCCGGCGGCAAGGAGACCAAGUACGAGAAAGACAAGGUCUAUGUCGUGGAGGUGCUGGAGCAGGGAGGGGAGGACGACGAAGACGAAUGGAAGGGGUUAGUCGGGGGGGAAGGGUUCGGGAAGGGCGCGUGGCGAGGGGAGCCCACCCGGCUGUUGCUGCUGGAUGAGGGUCACGCCAAGAGGAGAGUUGAUGAGCUCCCCGAGGCCGUCAAGGUUGUGUUAGAACACGAAGCCAACCAGGGUGGACCUUUUGCCUAUGAGCUUGUGCAAUGUCAGCUAACCCUGUUCUAUGAUUACUGGCCAAUGAAUGAGGUCUUGGAGGCAUUACUUCCUGAAGGGAUAAUCAUUCCUGCAGGCUUUGAGACAGUAGGACAUAUUGCCCACUUGAACUUGAGGGAUGAACACUUACCUUAUAAGACACUUAUAGCUCAUGUAAUUUUUGAGUACAUAAUGGUCGUUCUAGACAAAAACAAGCCAAAGAUCCAAACUGUUGUCAAUAAGAUUGAUGCUAUUCAAAAUGAUUACAGAACUAUGCAACUUGAAAUCUUAGCUGGCCACGAUUCCCUUGUUACAACAGUUAUUGAGAGUGGCCUUCGUUUUCAAGUUGAUCUUGCAACAGUCUAUUGGAAUUCUAGAUUAUCAACAGAAAGGCAGAGGCUUGUCAACAAUAUCUUUCAAAAUUCUGAUGUUGUAUGUGAUGUAUUCUCUGGUGUUGGGCCAAUAGCAAUUUCAGCUGCAAAAAAAGUCAAAUAUGUUUAUGCAAAUGACCUAAACCCAGCUGCAGUUGAGUACCUUGAGCAAAACAUUGUUCUUAACAAACUUGAGAGAAAAAUUGAGGUAUUUAACAUGGAUGCCAGAAGGUUUGUUAAUGCGAUGUACUCAAGCCAACAUGUGCAUCCAGUCACACAAGUAGUAAUGAAUUUGCCCAAGGACGCUGCAGAAUUUUUAGAUGUGUUCAGAGGAAUCUUAAGAAACAGACAAACAGGACACAUUGCCAUGCCAAAGAUCCAUGUGUAUGGAUUCUCCAAAGCUGAGGAUCCUGAAUAUGACUUUCAUGAGAGGAUAAAUCUAGCAUUGUGUGACAGUGUGACGGGCGUUGAAAUGCACAGGGUACGGCUUGUUGCCCCUGGGAAAUGGAUGCUCUGUGCGUCUUUUACCCUUCCAGAAUCUGUCGCAUCUGCAAAGGCGAAUUACAUUACCUGCUAAAUAUUUGUAAUCAGAUGGCUUGCUAUACUAGACUUAUAGCAGACGAAAGAGAAGUUGUGUGCUUGGCUCUACUGAGCCUGUUUUUUCAAAAGAAUGAAAAAUUCAUAUUUUAAAGUUCCAAAAAAUCUGAUUUUUUUCUUCUAAAUAUUCAUAUGGAUGUAUACCACAUCUGUGUAAAAUUUCAUGAUGAAAUGCAAGGUGUAAAUUUACACUGCCGCAAA